ACUCCGGAUGUGCUUGACUGAGCACUGAUUGGUGAAUUGAGGGGUCAGGAAGAGCAGUUCGGCGCGAGGAUUGGCGGCGCAGUGUCCCAUGGAAACGGAACCCAGAACUGCAGCCAGGAGCUUGCACGGGGGCGGGGCAGGGUGUUUCCAAGGCGCUUGCGCUAAACCGCUUCUCGGCGCCAUUUUGUCUCGGCAGCGGUAGCCGCAGCUCUAUCGCAUUUUAUGUUUUUGACGUGAAAGGAGCGGAGUCCUUAUCCGGUAGAUUUACUUUAGUGGGGCACCGAUCCACCGUUCUCUCCAGGACAGCACCUAGUCGUGGUCGGAGGAGUCGCAGAGCUGUCAAGAAGACUAUGGAAAUGAUGUUAGACAAAAAGCAAAUUCGAGCGAUUUUCUUAUUCGAGUUCAAAAUGGGUCGUAAAGCAGCAGAGGCAACUCGCAACAUCAACAAGGCAUUUGGCCCAGGAACUGUUAACGAACGUACAGUGCAGUGGUGGUUCAAGAAGUUUUGCAAAGGAGACGAGAGCCUUGAAGAUGAGGGGCGCAGUGGCCGGCCAUCAGAAGUUGACAACGACCAAUUGAGAGCAAUCAUCGAAGCUGAUCCUCUUAAAACUACUCGAGAAGUGGCGGAAAAACUCAACGUCAACCAUUCUACGGUUGUUCGUCAUUUGAAGCAAAUUGGAAAAGUGAAAAAGCUCGGUAAGUGGGUGCCUCGUGAGUUGACCGAAAAUCAAAAAAAUCGUCGUUUUCAAGUGUCAUCUGCUCUUAUUGUACGCAACAAUAAGGAACCAUUUCUUGAUCGGAUUGUGACAUGGGAAGAAAAGUGGAUUUUAUAUGACAAUGGACAACAACCAGCUCAGUGGUUGGAUCAAGAAGCAGCUCCAAAGCACUUCUCAAAGCCAGACUUGCACCAAAAAAAGGUCAUGGUCACCGUUUGGUGGUCCGCUGCUGGUCUGAUCCACUACAGCUUUCUGAAUCCUGAUGAAGCCAUUACAUCUGAGAAGUAUGUUCAACAAAUUGAUGAGAUGCACCAAAAACUGCAACGCUUGCAGCCGGUGUUGGUCAACAGAAAGGGACCAAUUCUUCUUCACGACAAUGCCCGACCGCACGUGGCACAGCCAACUCUUCAAAAGUUGAACGAAUUGGGCUACGAAGUUUUGCCUCAUCCACCAUAUUCACCUGACCUCUCGCCAACUGACUACCACUUCUUCAAGCAUCUUGAUAACUUUUUGCAGGGAAAACACUUCCACAGCCAGCAGGAUGCAGAAAAUGCUUUCCAAGAGUUUGUCAAAUCCCAAAGCACAGAUUUUUACGCUAUGGGAAUAAACAAACUUAUUUCUCACUGGCAGAAAUGUGUUGAUUGUAAUGGUUCCUAUUUUGAUUAAUAAAGAUGUGUUUGAGCCUA